AUGCCUCCCACGCAGCUCCCUGCAUCAGGAAAUCCGGUGGUGUUCUUUGAUAUCACAUUAGGAGGAGAGCCCCUAGGCCGCAUAAAAUUCGAGCUCUUCGCCGAUGUCGUCCCCAAGACCGCAGAGAACUUCCGUCAGUUCUGUACUGGGGAGACGAAGAACCAUCUAGGACGGCCGCAGGGUUAUAAAGGGAGUAAAUUCCACCGGAUCAUCAAAGAUUUCAUGUGCCAAGGCGGCGACUUCCUCAACGGCGACGGCACGGGCAGCACCAGCAUCUACGGCACCAAGACCUUCGCAGACGAGAACUUCACCCUCAAGCACGACAUCCCGGGCCUGCUAUCCAUGGCCAACGCGGGUCCGAACGGCAACGGGUCGCAGUUCUUCAUCACUACCGUGCCUACCCCUUUCCUCGAUGGAAAACAUGUGGUUUUUGGCAAGGUAGUAGACGGCAUGGAUGUCGUCAAGAAGAUGGAGAAUACGAAGACCGGGUAUAGGGGCAAAGAUACGCCGAAUUUGGAUGUCGUUAUUAGCAUGUGUGGGGAGAUGUGA